CUAGAUUCUUGUUUUCCCCAAUUUGUAUACAUCAUUGUCCCCGCGCUCGUGCUCGUACCCGUGCCUGUACCUCAUGGUAUACGAUAGAUACGGUCAUCUCAACUCGUUCCAUUUCGUUCCCAGCCAGGCAGAGGCCAGACCGAGGCCCGAGACCUUAGACCGUGACGGUAAAUGUACAUCCAAGAGCCAGAGUAGCAUGGUGUACCGUCGCACCCGACGGAUAUAAAUACUUGCAUACCACCCCAAUUGCAGACAACCACCAUUGCUCUUUACACAAUUCACUCAACCGAACAAUCAAUUGUUAGCCAGCAAUUAUUAUAUUGCAUUGAAUCACAUAAUGAGACGUAUCCUCGCGCUUGUCCUUUUCUUCUCCGCUGCACAGGCGGCUCCGGCGUCGAACCCCGGACUACGUGGCUCGGGGGAUCUCGUUGGUUACUCGCCUUCGCACGAUGUACCCGUGAAAAAUACCUCAGUGCAGUAUGAACUGGUGAAGGGACAGAAGGAGGAUAUGGAUAAGGGUGUUUAUCUUGAUUUCGAGAAUGUCGAGAAUCCGCAGCCGAUUCGCGGGAGUCAUGGGGGGACGGAUCCGGGGCCGAGGAACGACGCCUAUCAACGCCUAAACAGCGACAAACUCGCACCCCCAGGAACCGAUAACGGACAGACAAUCAACGCACAAUGGCCCAUGGCACUCAGCCAUAACAGACUAGGUAUCGGGAACUCAGGUUGGGCGCGCCAGGAAAACACCGUCGUGAUGCCUGAUGCUACGAAGAUGGCCGGUGUUGAUAUGAGACUUGAGGCGGGGGCGUAUCGGGAACUGCAUUGGCAUGUUGCGGGGGAGUGGUCGUUGGUGUUGAAUGGAUCUUGUCGGAUCCAGGCUGUCAACGAGAAUGGGCAGACUUUUGUGGAUGAUGUGAGUGAGGGGGAUGUGUGGUUUUUCCCGAGGGGCGUGCCGCAUUCGAUCCAAGCCCUAGAUGGGGGUGUUGAGUUUCUGCUUGUUUUCGAUGAUGGGUCGUUUUCGGAGGAUAAUACUUUCCUGGCUUCGCAGGUGUUUGCUCAUCAGCCUAAAGAAGUCCUCGCCAAAGACCUAGGGAUCCCUCUCUCCUCCCUCGACGACAUCCCUCAAGACGAACUCUACAUCUUCCCCGGCACACCCGCCCCUUCAAAUAUUUCAGAGCAGAACGUAACAACGCCCGCCGGCCCCGUCUCCCGCUCCCAAAGCUACACCUACCACUUCUCCCAACAACCCGCCCACCGCGUAUCCGGUGGCUCUGUCAAAAUUGUCGACCCCUCCACCUUCCCCAUCGCCUCUAACUUCUCCGCUGCAAUCGUCACCGUGAACCCCGGCGGCAUGCGCGAGAUCCACUGGCACCCGUCCAGCGAUGAAUGGACCUUCUUCAUCAAGGGCCAGGGCCGCGCAACGCUCUUUGAAGCACCAACUACAGCAACCACAUUCGAUUAUGCAGCCGGUGACGUGGGGUACUUUCCCCAGUCGAAUAGCCAUUAUAUUGAGAACACGGGGGACGAGGAGUUGGUGUUUUUGGAGGUGUUGCAGGCGGGGAGUUUUACAGAUAUUGCGCUGGGGCAGUGGAUUGCUAGUACACCGAGGCAGAUUGUGAAGGAUACGUUGGGGUUGAGUGACGGGACGUUGGGGCUGUUGAAGACGGAGAAGCAGUAUGUUGUUGCUGGGAAGGGUUCAUGACGUUAAUGUUGUCUACAGCGAUGCACUGCAAAAUAUGGAAUCUAUAAUGCCAUAAUGUCUGGAUUGAUAGCUUGAAGUUAAUCGAUAACGCAUAG